AAAUGUGAUUAAUCUUAUACAAAUAGCGCAAGUCUUUGAGAGUGUUUGGUAAGUAAAAUGGUUUGAAGAUGUCUUAAUUAUACUUCAUGUAUGUGUGCUGUGAAUUGGAUUCUCAGUGUUCAGAGCACAAAAUUCCAAAAGUCUCCUUAAUGAAGCAUGGGAUUUAAUUUAGGAUCGUAUUAAAAGUUUAAAUGAUUAUUGAAGCUUUUCAGGGAUGAGUGCAUGAUCAAGCCAACGAGGACUUUUUGUUUAUCCCUGUACAACUAUCCUAUUUUUGAAUUGGAAUGUAACUUAGAGAUUUGCUUAUGGGGAGGACAUAUGCAUGGGGCGAAGUGUAGGCAUAUAACAGCAAUUUACAGUACCCUAAAUCUGAUUUUUUUUAAAUAAAAACUAGUCUGUUUAAAAUGACUAUUAUAUGUUGCUCUAAUGACUUUUAAAAUAUGAUUGCUGUUGCUUUAUAUCACAUCCCUAGGAAACAUUCAUCCAUGUUUUUUGUCUAAACUGUUUUUUUUUUCUGUUCUGUGUUGUGAAAUACAAACUUCUACUCAACUAGAGUUUUCAUUAGAAUAUAUAAGUGCAUUCUGUGUAUGAGACAUAAACAUAAAAUAUCUGGCUAUAAUUAUUUUAAUACUUUGCUCAGUGAUGGCUGGGUGAGCCAUAUGGUGGUAAACUUUUAGAAAAUUUUAUGUUGGAGUAACCAGACUGCUGAUUUUCUGCAAUUGAGGCCUACAGAAUACAGUUUGUGUCUAGCCCAACCUGUAACACCCCAUAUCUUAAAUAUUUAAUAUAAUAUAUAGCUCACUUACUACAAGUUGCAAAAAACUAUAUUGAAUUCCAGUAUUCUACUUUUCUUCUCUUUGAAUGCAAGUUUUGUGCAAAGUAUUUAUGAUUUGGAUGGGAAUAGAGAAGUAUUAUGAAUAGUGCUUUCAUUUUUUCUACAUUACGUUUUUUAGAAAUCCAGUUUGUAUGUUAGAACUUAUGGGAAGUUUAGUUGAUGUGAUUGGAAAGCUUAAUGUAGUAAUUAAAGUUAUGUCGUAGUAACGUUACUACUUAAUUUUUUAAACCAAAAUUGUGUCUUGUGUGGGAUAACCCCCCUGCCCCAUCCCCAAGAAUUCCUCUGGAGUCUGGUAGCCAUUGUUGGGUGUUUGUUCUCUUUUCCCCCCCCCCCCCUUCGGCAACCCCCAAAACACAUUUCUUUGUGUUAACAGCAACGAUGAUGGCAGUUCUGGUCACCUCCUGUGGUUUGAUAGAUUAUUCCCUUUAGAAACAUGUACUUAAAACUUUCCAACCCUGAUUUUUGUUCCUGCAAUAAAUUUUACGAUGCCACUUAGUUGUAUUUUAGGAAUCUGUUUUUUGUUUUUGCUUUGAUUUUUUUUGAAUAGUAAGAUAAGUCUCCUGUCAGACCAUGUUAAAGGUAGGUAAUGGUGGGUUUAUAUUUUCAUUUUCUUUAAGACUUUAACACACACAGUUGUUCUUUGCAUUCUUUGCAUGUUUGAGGGAGCUGAUGAGAACACUUAAAACAUAGAAGAAUUCUUCUGUUUGGGCUUUAUUUUAUAGCACACCUGUAUCAUCUUUACAGUGUGGCCAAGAGCAUUGCUGUUUAUCCAGCUGAAGGAAACAGUUUAACAUUAUAGCAUCUGAAGAGGCAGUAAAUGACAAGAAGCAGACAUGAUACCCUGAAGGCCUUUGGAUAUAAACUCUGGCAGUAAGAUGGAAGCAUAAAUCUUGAGAUUUAGAACGGAACCAGAAAUGGCUCACGAAUACUGAAACAGGACACAGAGGAGCCUCCAACACUUCCCAGUGUGAGCAGUGGCAAAGGGACAACUACCAUGGUAACACUAAUAACGGAAAAGCUGCAGAACCAGAGCUUGGAUGAUCUGACGUGUAAAACAUACAAUAUUCACCUGUACUCAUCUGAGAAGCUGAACAAAAGUGGCAGCUUGUUCCCUUUCGAAAUCAAUGAAGAGAGCCCUUGGAAAGCUUUAAAUGGGGGUUGUCCAGUCCAAGCUGACGCGACCAAAAAUUCAGCUUACCCUUUCCCAGUGUGCCCAUUCAGUAGAGGCACAGCUAACAACGUGAGUCUGCAAUGGCAGCAGGAAUCUUCCAGCACAUCUAUGGUGUCAGGAUGGAUAAGUGAACUAAACCUUAAUGAAAACUCGGGGCAGCCAUUGGCUCCGCCUACCAAACGACACUGCAGGUCACUCUCUGAGCCAGAUGAAUUGGCUCGCUGUCGGUCACCAUGGAAACCCGGCAGUUCAAAAGUCUGGACUCCUGUAUCAAAGAGACGAUGCAACAGCGGUGGCAGUGCCACCUUGCAGCGCUGCAACAGUCAUGGGAGUGCAAACUUACAGAGAAGCACAAGUAUCAGCUUGCCACAAAACGUUCUGUCCUUAAAUAAUGUCUUCACUAUCACCAGCUUCAAUACGUCUCCAGUACCCCGACCUUCCUCUGCGAGCAGCGGCUUUGUGGACAGUAGUGAGGGAAGCACAAGUUCAAGUAUCCGUUGGAAUUCUGGAGGACCUUGUGACUUUAACCCUAGGCGUCGCCUCUCCCUCUCACAGGAGCACAUCACCGAGACUGGAAACCUCUUGCCUUCAGCCAACAGCACUCCCACCUCCACACCAGAGCUCAGCCGGCGUCAGGGCUUGCUGAGAUGCCGCUCACAGCCUUGUGUCCUGAAUGAAAAGAAAAGCCGGCUAAAGCGCAGACGGGAGGAGGAUGUACGGUGGAAUCGUCCAUCUUUAGACUUUUUUAAAAUGACACGGACUUUAAAAAAUUCAAAGAGUCUUUGCUCCCUUGAUUAUGAAGAAGAUGAUGAUGAUGAUGACGAUGACGACGACACACAAAUGAAGACAAUUGUGUCAUCCCCAUGUGAUUCACAUGACUUUAUGAACAUCACCACCCCUGGUUCCAGUCCAGUGAAAGAGCAACUGGAUGAAGUAAGGCAUCAUGGGCCAUGCCAAGUUGGCUUCAAUGUAAGGGAUUAUAAGAAAGCAGCUGCAGUAUGUGAAAGUGAUGAGGACACAAGUGAUUGUGAAAGCACUGAAGAGGGCAUCUUUCCGCUAGACUGCGGGGACUUGGAUCUAGAGCAGAUUGAAAACAACUGAGGCUCAAAGUUGUGUACUAGAAUCAAAGUUGUUCUAAAUUAAAAUGAUUAGUGGAUUACCUUUGCAAUGCAUAAUCCAUGUCCCUGAAUCUCUGUAUUGCCUAUCUUGGGCCUGUGUUAGAAGAAAUGUUUCAGGUGGGGGAAAAAAAAGAACCAUUGUUACCUGUUUAUAGUCUAUUGAUCAGUAUAUGAACAGCAGCAAAAGACAGCUGGAGGUUAAAUGUUAUUUUGAACAUUAAGGAGUAACUUUGAUUACAAAUUUCCUAACAGAUAUUUUGCAUUUUUAUGGCUUUUACAGUUCGGGAGAAAGCAUCUCUAUUUUGAAAUGAAUUUUCAGAAGGGCAUUCUAUAAAACUAAAUCUGUCUACAGUGAUUCUGGUGUGGGUAUAUGUUCCAUUUGUUAAAGAGCUUAAUGUGAAAAGUGAGUUGCAUAAUUAAACUGGUAAUAAACGAUUGGAUAUCUGGAGAUCUGAACACUUAAGUAUCUGGUUGACAACUGGUCCAAAAUACUUAACUGUCUCCUUAUACAGUGAGUGGUUAUAAAACUUCAUAACAUGUACAAAUGGUUUUUCAUACAUUCAAGACUUUUUGAUCAAAAUGUAGUAGUGACCUUAAAGGUUAACAUUUUUCCAUGAUUUUACUACUUGAAUUGUUUUCCAGCCAGAAGCAAUGCUAAUUUAGGUGGGUUAAAAGUGCAAGUAGCUGCCCACCUUCUUGGUCAUUAUUAUGUUUUCUGUGGUUCAGAAGAAUGUACAAGAGCACUUGAACUUUUAAACAGGGACUUUGUAAUGAUCAGUUCCCCAGGAGGUGAUCCCUUCAGCAAUACUAGAAGGAAACUAGUCCUUGAAUUAAAUAAAAUGACAUUUUGCUUUGCA